UGCAAUUCCGUCCGGUGCACGAGUUGUGGAGCUUCAAAGCUGUCUGUAUAUAUCUCCAAUCCACGUCACCAUCUGAUCCUCUUUGGCACCCUUUCGAGUUUCGAUGGGAAUGUCACCUUUCUCGUCUUCUUCCCUAAUCAACCUACACCACACAUUGCGUGAAAUCUGAAGCGAGGGGUCAUGAACUACUGCAAUUCAAGGAUUCACUCACCCACGGCCAAGAUCAUGAUCUGGGGUUACCUCGGUUUUGUUCUGCGCGUUAUUGAUGUUUUGUCUCCCCCAAAAGAUUCAAAAUGACAACGCUGUCGUUCAGAUGUUUCGUCGAGCAGAAUGUGGGCAGACACGGGGUUGCAUUGAUUUACGCUGUUCUGGAAUUUGUCAUGAUCGUCUUGCUUCUUCUUGACGGGUUUCUGGCUUUCUUCUCCACCGAAUUCGCCAAGCUUUUCGAAUUAAGACCCCCCUGCGUCCUAUGCACCAGGAUAGAUCGCUCACUGGUUCAUCAUAGAAACUUGACUUCCUAUUGGAGUGGCUCUGUCUGCGAAUAUCACAAGAGGGGCAUUUCCCCCCUCGCGUAUUGCCAUGCCCACAAGAUGCUUUCGGAUAUCAGAACCAUGUGCGAAGGGUGCCUUCUCUCCUUUGGAGGCAGCGCCACAAGUUGUGACAGGUACUACAAGUCUCUGGUGGGAUUCCUGCAUAAGGAUAUCGACUGUUGCUUUGCUGUUGACAACAAAGAUCCCAGAAUAAUUCCACCAAGUCUUUGCCAGAGAGAUUCUUAUGAGGGAAGUAAUUCUGUGAUCCAGAGGUGCUCCUGUUGUGAGGAGCUUCUGAGGAGGACGAGAUAUGUGAGGAGUGAGUCUUUAAAAGCCCCCAUGGCUCCUCCCCACACCCCUCAAGCUUGGAUGACAAAUACUGAGGAAAUGGGCAGUCGUGACUUGCCUCUCAUUUCUUACACAGAUGAACUCAAGUGGAUCUCCAAUGGUGAUGAUGACUUGAAUGGAGCUAGGGAGACUAGUAAACCCACAACAAUGCCAUUGCUUCCAGAACCUGGGGCACUGCAUGAGGAGGUCUGCAAAACCCCAAGCUGCAGCAGAUUGAACAAGUUUUUCGGCGUACCUUUGUCAGAUUCAAGUCAAGUUAGUCCUAGAUGGUGUAAUAAUAAAAAGUCAAGAAAGAUGUCCAUUGAUUUCCUCUCAGAUCUCAGUGAGAUGAAUGCUGAUACGAAUGAAGGAGACGAUGACAUUGUAUUUUGUCUGAAGAGACAGGUUCUUUUGGAGCGAAGGUCUCUCAUGUCUCUCUACAUGGAGUUGGAUGAAGAGAGGAGUGCUUCAGCUGUGGCCGCGAACAAUGCAAUGGCAAUGAUCACCCGGUUGCAGGCUGAAAAGGCAGCUGUCCAGAUGGAAGCAUUGCAGCAUCAGAGAGUGAUGGAGGAGCAUGCCGAUUAUUACCGAGAAGAGUUGCAAGUAAUGAGGGAUUUGCUGCUAAAAAGAGAGGAAGAGGUGAAGGUUCUAGAAACCGAGCUCGAGAUGUACAGAGACACACAAGGAGCAAUGAUCUAUAAUAUAGAGAGUGAAAUAUGCGAGGUUGAUGCUGAUGAAGAUUAUCAGAGAAUGAGAUCUCAAUGCAUCUCACCCUUUAGUGUGAUAUCAGAGUCCGGAAACCGAGUUAUUGAAACCGAUCACAAUCGUGCAUUACUUCCUGAAUAUUCUGGGCCACAUGCGAAUGAGGACUUGGAGGAUUCGUCUCUAGAGACUGAGAGGUCUCGCCUUCUGUCAUUGCUGUCAAAUAUUGAAAAGAAAAUCAGCGUCCCAUCGGGUGAAGGAUCGCUUGUUGAAGUGACAUCAAACGGAGUGGAAGAGCAUGAUCCUCAAGGAUGGGGAUAUGAAAAAAAUGGUUGCCUUGCUAGAGAAAUGUCAUCCAUCAGAGAAAGAUUGAGAACCAUUGAAGCAGAGAGUGACUUCAUAAAGCAUGCCGCAAUGACUUUGCAAAGGGGGGAUGAAGGGAUCAAGCUCUUGACAGAAAUAUCUGAAUCUACGAAAGCUUAGGGCUCUAUGAAGACAUCGUCAGACCCCAACAUGACUUACAAGUCAGUGAUCCUCCCAAACCAAUUUUGCCACUUUUUUGCUUGCUUUUAGAGUGUCAGCUAAUUUUAGACGGUUAUUUAAUUCAACCUAUGAAUUUCAUGCCACUGACAACAAUAUAGUAGUUGGGAUGAUGGUGGUGAUCCUCCUAACCAGCAGUUCCAUCAUCCAUCUACAUUAUCCCUUUCGAAGUAGUACCAUCAAGUUCUCUGAAAUAUGCCUUAGAGCUGCAUUUUUUACUUGAAAUGACCACUGUAUAUGCCUUCAAACAUUCUAAUAGUAUCAGAUUUUCAAGAUUUUAGCUUAUUGUUUUCACAUUUGAGAUACAAAAAUGGCGAAUAAUUAUGGUACUCUCUAUAGAGUAUAGUUAAUAUUUACUAGGAUUACUCAAGGAAGCAGACUUGCUACGUAAAGUAUAGUUAAUAUUUCCAGUGUAAUUAAAUUUAUGAUUGGUUGAUGGUACCAAAUCAGUUGAGUUGACCGGGUGACGGAAAAAUCGGGAGAGUCAAGCAUCUGAAAGUACCAGGACGGAAACCAGAAGAGUUGCAGACGAAAUCAGCUGAGCUGUCUCGCAUCACAGCAAAGAGGGUCCUAAGAUUUUGAUGAUGUCUUCACGUUGGGAUGCGGUUUAAAUCUAAUGUCAAAAUAGCAUGAUGACGGUUCAGAGUCUUCCAUUACAAGUUUUCAGCAAAUUCUGUGCAGCGAGUUCUUUUUGCGCACUGCAAUAACACGAUCUGAACUGUUGUGUAUAUAAUAAUACUACGCAAUAAUUUGUUUGUUUGUUUUAGUUCCAAUGAAGAUUAUAUGACGACUCAUCAAACACUAAUGCAUAUGCGCAGCUCCGAAAUGUUCUGCAGCGGAUGGCUAUGAUGUGUAAAAUUUAGGUGGAUACACUCAUAUACAUAACAUAGAUUCAUUGCUGAUUUUACUUAAUUCCCAUAUAAACUCUUUCAUUUUCCCCAUGUUUCUUGGUUAUAAGGUAAUUUUUCAGGGAAUGUAUGCAUACACAUAGCUGGGUCUGUGUUUCAUUUCAUGGCACGUAGUCAUAUAACGAAAAUUAUAUUUCUC